UUCUGCGAUGGCAACCCCAGUCGUGACCGACUUCAGUGCUGUCUCCAGUGCUCGGCAAGCGCCAGAAGCGUCUACUGCCCACACCCCCGUCAUCGUUGACCUGGAGGAUGACGCGAAAGACGAAGCGAUCACAGCCUCUGGCGCCCGUCGGAAACAAUUGCGCAUGGCGUUCGGCGCGUGCGUCGUCCUGGUGGCACUCGUCGUUGGCUGCGCUGUGGGUUUCUCCGGGAGCAGUUCCGUCCCUGGUGCGGCCGCGUCGUCGUCGGACGCACUGUCUAGCCAAAGCCUUGUCGACAGCGGCGCAUCGUCGAACGGGCAUUCCCAACCAACUCACCCACCGCCAGACUCAGUCGGAGACUCCACCGCCCCGACGACGACCCCAACUGUGCUGGGCUAUGAGACGCACGCAGGCGCCCCAUCGACAGCGCCUACAACGACGCAACCCACGACCCCCGCCCCGACCGCAACCAAGCCCCGAUUGCCCUACAAGGACACCAAGUUCGACUGGCUCAACAUCGAUGAAUGGCAAGGCGACAACGACAUGCCGGCGACGUUUGCCAAGGAAGGCUUCAAGUCCAACCUGAUUGAAGUCACGACCUUUGGCCAGUCGUACCAGCGGUCGCCAGUGUUGCGAACGAAGCAAGGGUGGGCCGGCGAAAAGGUCAUUUACCUCGAGUGGACCGUGUACGCCGGGUCGGACGCCAACAUUUGGAUGCUUCCCACGGCAUUGACCAGUCAAUUCGGCGACCCUCGGUGGCCCAACUGCGGCGAAUACGACAUUUUUGAAAUGUUCAAUGGCGACGCAGCGAUCGGACACACCGGGACGACCGAUGCGUUUUGGGGCGGCGGCCUCUCGUCAUUUGGUCAGUCGACUAUGCACAUGGCGUCCACCAACUGCUUUGCCCCGUACUACGUACGACAGCCCAAUGUCGGGUCCCAAGCGGCGCAGUGGAAGGUCGAGUGGAACGCGAAGAUCUCGAUGGCAGUUGUGUUUGGCACCGACGGUCAUGGGCAGUUCAUCCAGCAGAUUCGCAACCCAAAAAUCACCCGAAGCGGCGACACGGUGGACGUGUCGGCGGAAGGAGGGGUCGCCACAGACAAGAUUUACAACAACGCCAACAUGUACUGGGGCGUCGCACCCACGGGGGCGUGUGCGGCGGGGCACAACCCAGCGACGGGCUAUCCGUUCUGGAACGCAUUUCGCCUUGUCUUACAAGAGCAGUACCAAGGCCGGUUCGAAGUGCAUACGGUUCAAGUCUUUACAAAGUAGGAUGGAAUGUCGACCGAGAUGUCGAUGUCAUGACGAUCAGAGUGCAUCGAGGGCGCUUGAGGAGGUGGUGGGAGAUGCGUGUGUGCCGUGCACGGUCGGCGAGAGCACGACAGGAGUCGGCUGCGAUGGAGAUCCCUCGCCCGACAUGGACAGACAAUGGAUGGAUGGAUGGGUGCUUUACAAAUGCUACAACAUCCCCAUCGACAUCCGUCGGCUGUUGGUUUUGACCAGCGUCCGAAUUUCGCCGCGCUCGAGCUGCUGGACGGCCUCCAAGUACACGGCGCUGUUGGUCGGCUGCGACGUCGGCGCACUCACUUUGGGCAUGGCCUGCGGCGCGGGCGAGAAAAUCACGUUCGGAGCAACGUACUUUUCUAGCCGUUCGAGCUGCGCGAGCACUUGAUCGAUCUUCUUGUUCAGCCCUUGGUCGUACUUGACAAAGUUAGCAUCAAUGACGUUCGACACGCCCUCCACAAUGUUGUCGACUAUCGUGGGACCGAGUGAGGAGGGACAAGAAGGAUGUCGAGCGUGGGUCGUCGGUCGAUGGUGGCGUUGGAACGUACCAGUGUCUUCGUCAUGGACGGGCUUUGCAGGGGGCGUUGGUUUCGGCAUCAAGUCUUGGUACAGCCCCAACGGAACGUUCAAGCCGAGCGUCGACCGCAGCAUCGGGCUCUACGCUGCAGAUGACGCGAGCACGACAGGCCCGAUCAGCACGUACCAUCAUGUGGGGAUUGCUCGCCGACGAGAUGGAGCUCCUCGCGCGGUACGACGAGCUCCGGCGGCGCAAUGUGUCUUGGCUAAACUUGACAAAGUUGUUCUUGAAAGCUGUCUUGAGCACCUGCCGCCGAAUGCUGCGCUGAAUCUCGGGCGCUUGGACGUGCAAGUACGAGAACGCUCGGACGGCAAUCUUGCGCUGCCGCAACGUCAAAAUGAUGUCCUGCACCAGCCCUUGGUCAGUCGUGCGUUGCGGUGCCUCGCACCAACCUCGCCAAAGAACGUGCCACCCGAGUACAUAACUUUACCCUUCGUCGCUAGUCCGCGCUGGACGAGGUACCUACUCGAUAAUGCCUAAGCGCAUCGACUUUCUGGAUGAACGUCCGGCGGU